AUGUCCGAGUCUGAGACUUGCGGCCUCAAGGAUGGCGACUGCCUGCGCUCGGACUCGGCGUCGUACUUCCAGCUGUCUCCCGGGGGCUACGACCCGACCAAAGGCAUGGACGGUGCCCACUGCCAGAACCUGUGCGCCUCCAUAUCGGCGCCCUACUCGGGCAUCCAGUCCAACCGAUACUGUCUCUGCUCCGACGAUCCCUUCGCGGAGCGGCUGACGGCCACCAAGAAGGAUGUGUGCGACAAGGGCGAGCAGCUGUCGACGCGCUUCUUCCACUCCGACCUGUUCUCGCCCGUCGAGGGACUGCGCGUGAUGCCGUCGUCCUCGGUGGUGAGCGUCGGCGAAGAAGUGACGCUGCACCUGGCCGUCAAGUCCGGCCGCAAUGCUACCGUGCUGUUCAACUUCGGCGACGGGCUGCCCGGCACGCAAGGCACGCUGAACACCGAGCCCCGUUACAUCUACUGGAGGCCGGGCACCUACAAGAUCGUCGUGCUCGCUACGCCAGUCGGUGCCUCGGACGUAAGUGGAGCGUCGGUGGGGGCUGUAGGAUGA